AUGAAGCUGUUGGCCAACAUUAGGAGGUUGCUCCAUCGAAGAUACAUUCGAGCUACGGUGGGGCUUUUAAUUGUAACACCCAUUGUUCUCCUUUGUAUCCAUGGUUCGAACAAGAUACUAUUGAAUGGACCGGACACAGCGCAGCAUGACCUUCAAAUCAUCACAACUGAUGGACCUCGAAUAUAUGCCGACGAUCAUAGCAAAGGAAACGAUAUCUUGCUUACACUUGUUAGGAAUUCAGAAUUGACAGACAUGAUUGAUACGAUCGAGCGUUUCGAGAAGAGUUUCAAUUCCAAAUAUCAUUAUCAGUGGUGGUUUAUGAACGACGAAGAGUUUACUGAUGAGUUCAAAGAAGCUGUAGAGCUCAAAGUUUCGGGGGGAGCCCGAUUCAUCAGGGUUCCAACUGAAAUGUGGAGUUAUCCACCCAAUAUAGAUCAGAAGAAGGCGGCUGCCAGCAGAGAAAAUUAUAAAAAGCAGAAGAUUAAUUACGGUUCAAGUGAGUCGUAUCGGUUUAUGUGCCGCUUCAAUUCUGGUUUAUUCUACAAAUUGCCAGAGCUUGUCGAUAUCGAAUAUUAUUGGAGGAUUGAGCCUAGCGUCCAUUUCGACUGUGAAAUAACGUAUGAUGUUUUCAAAUAUAUGAGAGCAAACAAGAAACUAUACGCCUUCAAUAUGGCUUUACAGGAAGACAUUAGAACGAUACCAUCUCUUUGGAAUGCCACGAUGAACUUUUUUCGUCAAAAUUCUCAAUAUGUUGCUUCCAAAAACAACGCCAAGUUUAUUACAGAUGAUGAUGGUUCUACAUACAACCUGUGUCAUUUCUGGUCAAAUUUUGAGAUUGCCAGUUUGGGCUUUUACCGAUCUCAGGCGUAUGAGGAUUUCUUCAAGUUUCUCGACAGUGAAGGAGGAUUUUUUUAUGAGAGAUGGGGAGACGCGCCAGUACAUACACUUGCAGCUAGCUAUAUGAUUCCAGCUGAAAGUUUACAUUUUGUUGCAAACACCGGAUACAUGCAUAGUCCAAACCAGGAUUGUCCACCGGACGCAGAGAUUAGAGAUGUUCUACAUUGCGAGUGCAGCCCAAAGAGAGAUUUCACCUGGCAUGAAUGGAGUUGUGUAAAUAAAUUCUUCGAGGUCAAUGGAUACGUUAAGCCAAAUACUAUGGCUAAUUUGAAGAAAGCCUAUCCAUAUAUUUUCAACAGUAUGGUCGCAUGA